GGUUUAAAAUGCAUCCUGCGUUCGCUGAAGUCGUAGUACCUGCUGGUGGAGAGACAGAGUCACAGAGACGUGCCCGGUGCCCCUGGAGCUGUUCUUCACGAUGAGAGGUCUGCUGCUUCUGCUCGUUCUCUGUGCCGUGGCUGAUGGCUGGUUCUUUGGGUCGAAGAUAAAGAGGGAAUGUUUCGGGUUGUUCGGCUGUUUCGACAACGAUACUCCGUUUGACAACACGAAGGGCUGCAUCCCCCAGACGCCCGAAGAGCAGGGAAUGCAACUAGCCCUGUACACCCGGGAGAACAAGUACUACCCACAAUGGCUCAACACAGACGACGACAGAUUCAGCAUCUCCCAAAGCAACUACGCCGUCGGGAAACGCACCUACCUCAUCAUUCACGGCUACACCGACGACUGUCUCUCGGAAUGGGUGGCUAACAUUGAGCGGGCAUUGCUUGACAUAGGAGAUUUCAAUGUGUUCCGCGUCAACUGGCAGCUUGGCGCAUCCCCCAAGAUCUACGACCAGGCAGCAUCCAACACAAGACUAGUGGCAUCCAUGCUGGCAACGUUCUUGCAGGCCUUGAACGAAAUGGGCACACACUACAGCGACAUGCACGUCAUCGGCCACAGCCUCGGCGCCCACAUCAGCGGCCAAGUGGGACAACGGCUUCACGGACAGCUUGGGCGAAUUACAGGGAUGGAUCCAGCUGGCCCGUCGUUCGACAGGGACAACACUGACAUCAGACUGGACAAGACGGACGCCAUGUUCGUGGACGUCUUGCACACAGAUGCGGAACAUCUGAUCAAGUUGGGAUUCGGUAUGAUGCGACGGAUGGGUCACGCCGACUUCUACCCUGCCGGUGGCUUCGACCAGGAGGGAUGUCCCAAGAACGCUGGCGACCACCUCUUUGAGCUGGUGACAGGUGGUAUCAAGGGUCUCAUCAAUGGCGCCUCGUGCAGUCACAGCCGCGCCGUUGACUUCUUCUGGGCUUCCAUCGCAAUGUGUCACUACACCGCCGUCCCCUGCGACAACUGGGCCGACUUUAAGGCAGGGAAGUGCAGCUGCAGCGACGACACGCCCUGCUCCCGCAUGGGCUACUUCGCCGACCGCAACCUCCAUGGCACUUUCUUCCUCAAAACCGCUGGGAAUCCACCUUAUUGCUAAUCGUGCCCAGUGCUGUCAAUCGUCUACAGAGGUUGUGAUACCAUGCCGUGUUGCUGAUAGUUCUGAUGCAGUUUUACUGAAACCCUAAUGCAUCCCUUUCCUCCAUUACGGGAACACCAGUACACUUCCCUCUGUUCUCUGUGUUGGUGAUGCACUACAUGAUUUCCUUAUAUUAAAGCAAUGUUU